UUUUCACGCAUUUAUUUAUUCCUAUAUAAGAGUCGAUGACGAUGAACAUUUUCCAAGUCACUAAGCCUAUAAGCCCCAUCCAGAGCGAUAUUGAGAAAAAAGGAAAUGCUGUAUACUCUUCCAUUUUCGUUCCUCUUCUCUUCCGUUUCCCUCAAACUGGGCCCCACUGUCUACCACUGAUGGGCGUCUGAAAAAUGCCACAAAAGGGCCCCCUCGGAUUUUAUUUAUUUGAUUUUUUUUUCGUAUCUAUUUUUCCGUCGUCAUGUGUGUAACAUAGGCCUACGAUCAAGUCCUAUAUAGGACUACAUCUACUAUCCCUUUCGAAAAAAGACCUCUUGCCGCGAUUUGUAAAGAUAUAUAAUAGAGAUCCAAUCUGUGGAGGCAAGACGAGCGGCUGCUGGAGUGUAGGAGGUCCGGUAUAAAAUUGCGGCCAGAGGUUUUGAUGGGGUUCCGCACCAGUUUGCCGUCCACUCGAACAAGAGGCUACGGGCGACGACAGUCCGCACUUGAAUCCGCGGCCCCUUCGUCUCUUGUGUACAUAUAUUCUCCUUUUCUUUUUCCUUUUCUUCUCUUUUCCUUCUUCUGUUUAUGUACCACCAGCUUUUCGAAUCAGAGCGGAAAAGCGUAGGACACUGGCAAAUACUUUGUCGUCAUGGGCGACGUUGAAUGGUCACCUCCCCCCCACCCAAAUAAAAAAAAAAAAAAAUACCACGAAAGGCAUCAGUGCCAGCGUUGUAAUGGAGAAAGAGAGGCUGUAUCACCACUAGUUCAACGCUCCAUGAUCUCGUCAUCACAAUCGACACGUCUAUAUAUAUACAGCCGGCGAACAGAUUUGUUCUCAACACCACCAAGCGCAAAUUGCCGGUCUUUUAGCGCGUACGCGCCCGGUCUAAAUGUUGUGCCGGUGGGUCCUCUAUAUAUUUUUCUUAUCUGUCCAGUCGAUUACGUCUCACCAUUUUGAGUAGAAAUCGAUAAGUCAUGUGAGCAGAGAAAGAGAGCCGGGGUAAAGAAGAAAACAAGAAAAAAAGGGAACCAAACAAAAUACGGAAAAAGGUUUUGAGUCAAAAAAUCUGUCCUUUUAUUUAUUUUUUUUUUGAACGUUCGAUGGUCACGGUGAGGGCCGAAAAAGAGCAGCCCUCAUAUUUUCGAUUGCAAAUCGAUUCGUUCCACAAGUAUUGUUGCAUUUCAAAUCGAAUGCGCUACAGACACUAUAGUUUGAGGUUAGUGAUCGAGUGUUUGAUCUGCCAUUUGUGAGUGGCACACACUCCUCCUCUAUCCCGCUGAGCUAAUAGGUCUACACAUGCUCCUUCGAUAGUUAGAAACAAUUAUCAAGAAAAAGACGGCAGAGUUUCUUUAUGCUACUUUUAUUUGUUCGCCUUUUACCAGGAGAACGGGCUUUUCUUCGAAACGAAAGAACAAGGCAUCACCAGUUGCGCAGUUCAUUGCAUUUUCUUGUCCGUCUACGACUUUGGAACGCACCCGUUCGCCGUUGUCGGCUCAAUCGUGAUACAUAUAUGGCCAGCUAGAUUUGACACACACAAAAGGUGAUGUCUCCUCCCCGUCCGUUGGAUCCCCCUUUUUUUUUGGGUGGGGGCCACGCGCUUUGCCGAAUGCCGCCCUUCUUGUAGUAUUGAUACGAAAACCACCUCCUUUUCGCUAUGUCCGUGCAGUGCUACUACUUCCGUUACAGCUUUUUCGGCCGCUAUCUUCAGUCGCCCCUGAAAUCUCUCACCAUCCGCUCGAUUUGUCGUCAGUGCGCCGCCGGAGUCAAACACGACCGCAACUUCACUCAAGAAAAUUGACGAGUUUUUACACCGUUGACGCAGUUUUGAAAGUGGACUAUUUUGGACAAGCAUACCCCCGAGUGCCAAGUAAUUAUAAGACGUUUUGGACAAGACCGACUCAUCAGAAUUCCGGCUCCAUCGACGACGCGUGAGUACACAAAUUGACAGGGUGGGCAUGAGUCGGCUAUUCCGUUUGUGUUGCUGGUGUUGGGCGCUUUCAGCCAUGUCGCUAGACAGAUUACCACUAGCUCUUACCGCUACAGAUGAAGCGGAACCGGAUUUCAUCGGGCAAAUAGACAACGUGACGGUAGCUCAGGGUCGAGAUGCCAUCCUAUCGUGUACAGUUUCCCACUUGAACGACUACACGGUUGGCUGGGUGAAGGUGGACACGAAAGCCAUUCAGGCCACUGGCAGGCGAGUGGUGACCCUAAAUAGCCGCGUCUCAGUCGAGAACAUUCCCGACUCGCCCAUUUGGAAACUGAUCAUCAAGAGCGCCCAACCCGACGACGCUGGCUACUAUAUGGCGCAAAUCAACACGGACCCAAUGAAAAGCCAGAUGGCUUACUUAUCGGUAAUGGAACCGCCUAAUAUUGACGACGAAGCGACGCCCAGCGUUAGGCAAGUGCGUGAAAAUGAGCCAGUUGAACUCUACUGCCAAGCUACUGGCCAGCCAGUGCCGAUCAUUGCGUGGAAACGGGAGGACGGUACCAACAUCAGUCACGAUCCCUGCCGUCACGCCAAUGACACGCAACAGAAAAUUGUAUCGUCCAACGGUUCACUUCCCAAGGGUCACGGCCGAUUAUGCAUCGCUUCGGCCGAUCGCUCGUCAAUGGGCACAUACUUUUGCAUCGCUUCCAAUGGCGUACUGCCGUCGGUCAGCAAACGUAUCCAACUCGUCGUUUUAUUCCCGACAGCUAUCAGGGCUGAGAAACCAUUAGUGGGAGCUCCCGCAGGAGUCAACGGCAUCGGGCUGGAGUGCAUUGUUGAAGCCUCGCCUCUGAGCCAUCAUCUUUUCUGGUACUUUGGCAACACUUCCAUCGGACCGAACGAGCGACAUACAAUGACUAUUCAUAAGAUCAAUGCCUACACUAUCAAGAUGACGCUGGCAAUUUUGAAUCUACGGGAAACAGACGCUGGCCUUUAUCGGUGCCAAGCGGGCAGGAGUGAAGCUACAAUACGGCUUUAUAUACACAAUCCAAUGACUACGCCAUCUCGGUCAACAACUACUAAAUGGAUGCUGGACAUUAGAACGACGCCGUGGAAAGAGAGGCAGCUACGGACGAGUGCCGCUCAUUUGGCUAUUAUUCAAUCGCCGGUCAUCACGACGGAGACUUACCGGUCAGUGACGCUCAAUCGGCACACAUCAUCGCAGGCCGAGGUUCUCACCAGCAGCAACAGACCAGUGCAGGAAGUCGUUUACAAGAAUCCCUCUGUUCACAGAAGGCCUCCCAGCAGCUCAACGGCAUCGGAUUUGAACCAUCAGCAUCGGCCUACUGGUCAACUAGUGUUGAUGACUUCAAUGAUUGCAAUUCUUACUCAGGUGAUCAGCUUUGUCUCGUGCUGAAAAGUGAACGAGAAUGAAUUUUUAAAAAAUUGACGAAAUCAAUGUAACCAUAUAGCAGUUUUCCCCGGUGUGUGAGUUGUGUACAUUAUCGUGACAGCCGUUUGAUAAUCGUUUAGAUCAAACUGCGAUACGUAGAAUUCAAUGUUUGAUUAUUCAUGUUUUUUUUAUUUAAACGUUUUCUGGGUAUUUUUUAAAAUCUUGUUUUAGGAGAAUCGGUUCUUCUUUCCAGUAUCAUGGAAAAAUGUAUUCAAAUGGUAAUAACUAAUUGGUAAGAAAUACAUGUCCCACUUUUUACUUUCCAAUAGAAAUAGUGAAAUGGGACUUUGAAAAAAUUGUGUAAAGGUUAGAAAGUUCGAGCAUUUGUUACUCGUAACGUCUCUCUUUUAGUUCUUGUUUACAAUUGAUAAUCAGCUAUUAUAAAGUCAUGAAAGCCGAAAAGAUUUCAGAUGUAAACAGCGAAUACAAUUAGUCUAGUUUAAAAA